AUGCUGUGCUUUCUUCAGGUGGAGCUGAUUGUCAAUCCAUCUGAUGAAGUGAUCCCUCAGCUUCGCUCUGACUACAAUUUAGAAAGACUGGAUUUUGUCUUCAUGGACCACUGGAAGAAAUGUUACCUCCCUGACCUGCAAAUGCUCGAGGGCUCUGGUCUACUGGGAAAAGGAUCUAUUAUCCUGGCAGACAACGUGCUGUUUCCUGGUGCUCCAAAGUUCCUUAGAUAUAUUCGCAAGAGUGGCCUGUAUGAAUGGAAGAUCCACCGGGCCACGCUAGAGUAUAGCAAGGGCAUCAGGGAUGGGAUGGCUGAGCUGGUGUACCAGGGAAUCAAGUAAAUCAUGACAUCAUGGCAGGAUUUCAUAUUGUUACUCAAACACACACUUCAGAAACAGAAAUGUCCAAAUUCUUACUUCAUCUAAAGGGGUA